GGUCAACAUUGGGUAAGCUAUGCUGCAGGGUUCAGCUUCCGUCUAACAAAUGUUAUCAGUGUCACAAAUUGUUGAAGCUUUUAGUACAGCUUAGAACUUGGACACCAGCAGAUGUGUCUUUGUAUUUCUAAGAAUGUCGCUGCUGCUUAUUUUUAUAUUGGUUACAACAUUAUCUGCUCUAGCCUACAUUGGUUAUGUUCUGCACAAGAAAGGAAUUAAUCCAAAGGAAAUACGUGUGAACAGCAUACAGGGAGCAAAGCAGCUGCUAACAUUGCCCUCAAAUGCUGGACCUCAACGUUAUUUGGCCAAAAAUGCUUGAUUCUUUACACAAUAAUACAAAUUUGUCUCAGCAACACCUGAGGAAUUGAGGAAAGUACUCACGUUUAGCCGGCGUGCUUGUCGCGCCAAGCGAUGUGUUGCCACCAAAGAAGGACAUGACUGUUAAGAUCCUAGACUGUCGAAGCAAAUGACACCUUUUCUUCCUUACGGCUUAUUAAAAGUUGUUUACGUAUUUUUAUAAUAAAAA